UCGGUCCAGGCAGAGGCGCGAUGGCCGACCGUGGCGGCCCUACGGAGGCACCCAGCCCCCGGGGCUCUCCCCGGCCGGAGUCCCGGGUCCCUCGCACGGCCGGACCGAGCGAGACCCCGCGUACCGCGGCGCUGGCGCUGCGCUUCGAUAAGCCCAUCAAACAGGCUUUCUACAACACGGGCGCCGUGCUGUUCGUGUGCUUGUGCUGCGGCGCCGCGGUUCUCGUGUACUUCAUCCUCGAGGCCUUCCUGCGGCCGCUGCUCUGGGCCGUGCUGUGCGGCACUUUCCUGCACCCGUUCAAGAGCUCGCUCACGCGCCUGGGCCGCCUGUGGCUGCGGCGCCUGCACCGCGCGCACACGCCCAUCGUGCUGGCCGCGCUGCUGCUGCCGCUCUGCUUCGCCGACUACGGCGUGGAGGCUCUGGGCGAGCAGGCGCUGCGCCGCCGCCGCCUGUUGCUGCUGCUGGGCGCGGGCGGCCCGCUGCUCUACGGUCUCUACUGCCUGGGCAGCUACCUGGGCGUACAGGUGCUGCUGGCACACGCGGGCGCGCUCAUCUGCCGCGGCCUCGACUACUUCAACAGCCUGUGGAUCUGGACGUUGGUAGUUGGCUACGUGCUGAUGGUUUCAUUCAAGUGGAAUACAAGCACUCAACGUUACUUGAGAGCAGUUUCGAUUCCUGUUUGGAUGAUACUGCUUUUUCAUAUAGCAUCACUGGCUGGCUCAUGGAGAAUUCCAGUAUUCCUGGUUAUCGUUUUCCUGAUGUCUGUGGGCACCCUUUAUGAAAAACAGAACGAGAAGGAGUCAGCUGGGGCAGAAUUACCAGGACAAGUGAUCUCCAUGGCAGCUUCCACUCUUGCCACCUUGGCCAUCUCCAUCACUGGGUAUGAGUCGAGCACUGAAGACCAGCCCUCUGACCCUCCGGCAGAGCCCACAGACAAGGGAGAAUCCCCUCCAGCAUUGUCUGCUUCUUCAUCCUCCUCCUCUCGUUCCUCACCCUCUUCUCCUUCACCUACUUCGGGCAGACAGAGGCCUGAGAUGGGAACCUUUCUCAGGAAGAAGAAAACUAGUGACAUUUACUUUGUGUCUCUUGUGUGGGCCAUCAUUGCUGUCCAGCUCUGGCUGAACCUGUGGAUUGUACAGCUGCUGCCGGUGCCUGUUGCAGUCUGGAUCAUCAAAAAGCUCGUGAUCCACUUUGGAGUGAUUGGCUUCCUGGAGAAACGCUGCCGAGCUUGGUGGCAGGUGAUUGAGUGCUUCCUGAAGGAGCGGCAGGAGGCUUUAGCACCUUGGCCGAUCAUCGGGCUUGGAAAGUUCUUACUUAAAGUUGAUAGCAAGCUCUGGCACUGGCUAAAUAAGAAGAUGAUCAUCUGGUUGGAGAAGAUGUUAGAUAAAAUUAUUAGCAUUUUCAUCAUAUUCUUGCUAGUAAUAGGAACCCUUCUUUUGGCCCUUCUCCUGACUGCAAAGGUACAUCAAGAGAGUGUACACAUGAUUGAAGUCACAAGUAGUUUGAUUAAUGAAACUCUAGCAAAUCACCCAGAGUGGGCAAAUUGGCUUCCUGAGGCUCAGGUGGUCCAAAGAGCUCUGAAUUCUGCAGCAAACAAUGUGUAUCAGUAUGGACGGGAGUGGAUAACUCAUAAGCUUCACAAAAUUCUAGGAGAUAAGGUGAACAAUACGGCUGUGAUUGAGAAGCAAGUUCUAGAACUGUGGGACAGACUGUAUCACUCUUGGUUUGUUAAGAACGUGACACACUCUGGAAGGCACAAAGGGCACAAGAUGCAUGUGAGUCGUCAGAACAGCUGGCUGGGAGAUAUUUUGGACUGGCAAGAUAUUGCCUCCUUCGUUCAUGAGAACAUCGAGACUUUUCUUUCGAUAUUAUCUUUUGGCUUCCAAAUAUGGAAGAUGAAGAUCCUGGAAUCUUUGUGGAUUGUUAUGAGCCGGAACGUGAGCCUGCUGUUUACCACAGUCACCACCCUGCUGACCAUCCUCUUCUACAGUGGCACUGCUCUUCUCAACUUCGUACUUUCUCUGAUAAUUUUCCUGACCACACUGUUUUAUCUGUUAAGUUCCAGUGAUGAGUACUACAAGCCAGUGAAGUGGGUGAUCAGCCUGACACCACUCUCUCAGCCAGGUCCUUCCUCUAACAUUAUUGGCCAGUCUGUGGAAGAGGCUAUCAGAGGGGUAUUUGAUGCUUCCCUCAAAAUGGCUGGCUUCUAUGGAUUGUACACCUGGCUGACUCACACUAUAUUUGGCAUCAAUAUUGUCUUCAUACCAUCAGCUUUGGCAGCAAUCCUUGGAGCUGUUCCAUUUCUGGGGACAUAUUGGGCAGCAGUACCUGCAGUUCUAGACCUGUGGCUGACACAAGGGUUAGGAUGUAAGGCCAUCUUGCUCCUGGUCUUUCAUCUUUUGCCAACAUACUUCGUAGACACUGCAAUCUACUCUGAUAUAUCAGGAGGAGGCCACCCGUACCUGACCGGCUUAGCAGUGGCUGGUGGAGCCUACUACCUGGGCCUGGAAGGGGCAAUCAUCGGGCCUAUUCUUCUCUGCAUACUUGUUGUUGCUUCCAAUAUCUAUAGUGCCAUGCUAGUGAGUCCUACGAACUCAGUGCCCACACCAAAUCAGACCCCUUGGCCUGCUCAGACUCAGCGGGCUUUUCGUGACCUCUCUGAAGAUCUGAAAUCUUCAGUAGAUUGACAUGGCUUUACUGCAGUGACUUCUCUGGGGAGUCUCAGUCUGAUAGUGAGUCCUCCGAGCUUUGGCCUCUGUCCUGUCCGCCGUGUCUGGCAGGCAGGGGUACCCAGAAAAGAAGCAGAAGCCUCCCAGCCGUACAUGCAGAGCACCAAGUGAGAGGGAACUUGCUCUAGGCUGCUUUGAACCUUAAAACACAGCUUGAGAGUUGAGAACUGUGUCUGCUCAAGGCUCAUGCUAAGACGGCUUGAAAGCUGCAGUUCGUGCACUGGUACCAAGGCUUGAAAUUGCCCUCUUUGAUUAUCUGCUGCAGUGUUUAUUUAUAAGCUAUUUUAAGGAUUCUGAAUUACCUGCUAUUUAACGUAUAUCCAGUGUAAUUUUUCUCCUGCUGUAGGAGUUUAGCUCUUCACUGACAAGGCUUUCCCUGUGGAGUAUGGUUCAGUAAGCAGAAAAGGGAGUCUGAUACUCUUUAGGUAAAGAUGGGUUGGUGUGCUGUGAGGAGAGACACACACAGGAGGAGUGCAGCUCUUCCUCCCUUCCUCUCACCCAGGUUGCCAGAUUUCUACCCCACACUGAAUGAAGAUCCCUACUGAGCUGCUCUGAGUAGUAAUGAUGUGAUAGAAUCCAUGCUGUCAACGUCCCUCUCUUAAAUGCUUUACAAGCACAGACUCUGAGGUGCAGUGGUCCCCAGGUUUGUUAUGUGUGCCCUCAGUUCUUUACUGGGAACUCUAUCCGUUAGUUGCUUUGCAGCAGAAUUUCCUAUUUCCUGCCACUUAGCACAGUGCCUUGCACACAGGAGUCUGUAUGAAUGCUUGCUGAGUUGGACUAUAAUAACUUUGUAUGUAUCUCAGAUAUGACACAACCAGCAUGUGCUUUACAUUUUAUACAGCCUUUGUGCAUAUUACUUUACACGCAUUUCACAUCAGCUCUGUGUGAAGCUUUGUACUCUGAGGAGUGUUGGGGCUGAGCUUCAGGACAGUGGCCGUGUCAGCAAGCCACCAAGUGUUGUAACUUAUCUCCUGUCCUCUGUUGUUACAUCUGCAGAAUGCAUUUCUUAGGGCUUUGGCUGUUUUCCCAGUCCUGUUAGCAGAGGUCAUUCACUCCUUACAUGUGAAAGAGUUGUCCUGCCUCAUGGCACGGCUGGCACUUGAGCCCACUCCUAGUGCUGCACCCUUUCUAGCUGUUCCUGUGCUUCUGAGGGAGUGUGCAGCAGAAGGGAUUUUGAUUUGUUUUUUGAAAGCACUUAAGACUAAAAUUUUUCUUAAGACUUCGUACUAACUUUAUAACUUGAUUGACCUCACGAUUAAUAAAUCCCACACCUACUGCAGUGUCGUUUGACUUGCUGUGUAUAGUAUAGCUCAUGCUGGCUUCCUGGUUGUAUCAUGAAUCCUUCAACAUAAUUAUGACCUGUAAAUCUGUCGUGUGUUAGAUCUGAUCCCUAAAUCACUUACUCUGUUUUUUAAUAAGUUGGCCAUUUGCUCUUGAGCGUUUUGAGUAAAUUCUAGGCACCAUGCCAAGGACCACAGGGUCUGUGGGAGAUGACUCUUAAGAUGGCUUCUUUCACCUUAAAUGCCAGCCAGAUCAUGUAAAUUAUACUAAAUCUAAAAUUCUUGCAUUAAAAUGGUUGAAGAGAGAAACCAAGUUUUUGUUUGUAAACUAUAUUGUGAUAAGUUUAUAGCUAUAAUUAGCACAUGCUCAUAAGCAGCAAAUAUACACAGUGAGUUUGUGUACAUAUACAAAUUAUGUUGCUCCAAUGUGCCAUGUAAAAGCAAAUUUGCAAAAAAACUAAGUUUAAACUAAUUCAUAGUUGUUGGUAGGGUAGUUGUCAAUUUUUAAUGUGAAUUUCUAGGGAAACUCUGAGCUCUAAGUUUAGAGCUUCCUAAAUUAGUGGCAAUGGUAUAAGUCUGUCCUGAAAUUUUAAAAGCAGAAGUCCCCCACAGUGGCCUGAUCAGGAAACUCAAACCACUCCAAUUGCUACAGUGAAUCCAGGAAGGCUACCAGUUGCAAAAACAUCCUAGCAUGUGACAGUCACAGGGAGGAGGUUUUACAGAAUUUUCCUAAGACAGAGAGAGAAUAGAUAACAUGAGGUGGUAAGAGUCUUUUAGUCCCUAACCUAACCUACCUUGAAGAAUUUGCAUAGAAUUUGACCUGGGAAGGAGAGGAUAUAUAUGGCUGGCUUGGUUUGUUUGUUUGUUUUCUCUGUGUGUGUGUGUGUGUGUGUGUGUGUGUGUUCAUGUGUGUGUCUAGGUAGACUUUUUUGCUACUUUAUUGGGUUCUUUUAUCUGCCACUCUUCUCCACCCCAAUCCCUUCCAACCCCCAACACUAGGUCAGUGAGGAAGAAGGUUAGAGGGGAAAGAGGGCAUAGAUCUCUUUAGACUACUUCCUUCUGAUUAGGGACCUCAGAUUCCUAGAGGGAAGUCCAGUCUUUGUUGUCAGGAUGUCUCCAACUAGCAAGCCAGCCACACAAAUGCAACAGCAGGAACCAUCAGCAGAAUGGGGAGCAGCAGCCAACAGACCCUCGAAUUCCAAACAUAGACUAUCAUCAGCUGGCAGAAUCAUGCCCCUGCCAGAGCAUGAGAUGAAUCACAGUCAGCUGCUAUGGACAAUCCGAAGCAGCCCCAUGUCCCACACCUGGGGUUAAAACUAAAGCAUAUUCACGUAACAUAUCUGGGAUUUUUCUUGUAAGAAAAUUUAAAGUUAACAAAGCACUAUUUAGUCUGUUCUUACAGGGUCUUUGCUCUUCCUUUUUGUUUUAUCAGCAUUUCUUUUAAAAUGCAACCGGAUCUUUCUACAACUGCUUGUCUUGUAGAAUUGUGUGGUAUGUCUGUAAUAUGCUUUAUAUUAUAACAUGCAACGAAUUGCUUCAUCUUGCUGAAGACAUGUGAGAGGGCAUUAUCAGGGCUCAUUUGUGCAGGUAUCCUCCAAACUGCUGUUAUUUCCUAUAAAUGUGCAACUACAGAACCAGCUUUUCAGAACUCAAAGCAGUUGCCCAGUGGAAGCGAAUAUGAGUCAGUGGUAUGGUUGGUGUACAAACUUUAGUUUUCGAAAUUCUGCAAAAUGAAACACAUCAUCCAUCUGCCAGAUUUCAUUUCUUUUGGCACUCCUAGGACUACUCUCAGCAGGUAAUGAUGCAGGUACAGAGAAUAAGUAGGGAAUGGCCUUACCUCCUUGGUUUCUUGCCAAGUCAUAGAAAAAAAAUUUUUUUUAAACCAUUAUUGUUAGCAUGGUGUUUUUUAUGAUUUUUAAGGCUUCUAAUACAUUUCCCAUUGAUAAAUGGUCAAUUUCCUCUUUUUUUGUCCCAUUAAACUGCUAAACCUGUAUGAGACUGAAUAUGAGGAAUAUAAAAUGGAUAGUGUCUAUUUCUGAUUGCCGGUUGUAGUUGCACAAGUAAGAUUUAAUUUUGAACCAUCUGGAACAAAUUCAGCAGUUUUUAUAUACAAAACAACUCUUGCUGCAUAUUGAGAGUCAGUAAUUAUUAAGAGAGUCAGAAAAAUCUAGCAAUAGGAUUGCACACAACUCUGAUCUUUGAACUGAGCUUUGUGGGCUUUGGAUCACUUUGCUUAUUUUGUCUAACUUAUAGCCUUCCAUUCUCUACUUACUUGCAUCAGGAUAGAAUGUAGGUGCUUCAGGAAUUGGUGUUCCCUUUACAAUACAUGGGAGAAUCCAAUUAGUUCCUUUUAUAAACUGAAGAUGCUUGCUUUUGGGAUAUUUGUUAAUUUCUCAAAAAUAGUUGGUAUAAGCUUAACUCCUAAAUAGUUGCUA